AAAGAUUAUUUUCUUUGCAUUUAAAUUUUUGGUUUAAAAUGCAUUUUCUCAUAAAUUCGUCUGAAGAUGCAGAUCAAAGUGGCUACAACAACAACUACAUUGCACGAUAAAUUUCUGAAAAAUACCAAAAAAUCUGGGAAAAGGUUUUAAAUCAUUGAUAACAGAAUAAAGUUGUUGAUAAAUACUCACUGGUGAUAGACUUGAAACGUUAAGCAUGGACACAAAUGAUACAGCAGCCUGUGCGGAAAAUAAUGUCAGCAGUGGCUGUCAUGGAAAUACAGAACUGAAAUAUUCAAAUGAUGUUCCUGAAGUCACUGAAGUUACUCAAAGACUUAGAGAACUGACCUGUGAAGAGAGAGAGGCUUUAGAAAAAGACAAAAGGGUUGUUACAGAGUUUAAACAGAAGAAGUUUGAAGCUGAAGCCCAGAAAAAUUGGGAUUUGUUCUAUAAAAGAAAUACAACAAAAUUUUUUAAGGACAGGCAUUGGACAAAAAGAGAGUUUUCUGAGCUUGUACAGACUAAGGGUUCUGAAAAGACUGUGAUAUUUGAGGUCGGAUGUGGUGUAGGAAACUUUAUGUUCCCAUUGCUAGAGGAAGAAGAAAAUAUUUAUUUCUAUGCCUGUGAUUUUUCAAAGCGAGCUGUGGAGUUUGUAAAGGAAAAUCCAUUAUAUGAUGCAGCGCGUUGUUGUGCCUUCCAUUGUGACAUCACAGAGAAUGAGUUAUCAAAUCAUAUAACAGAGAAUUGUGUUGACGUGGCAACCAUGAUAUUUGUUUUAUCAGCAAUACACCCAGAGAAAAUGGUCACAGCUUUACAUAAUGUAUAUACAGUAUUGAAGCCUGGAGGGUGUUUGUUGUUCAGAGACUAUGGACAGUAUGAUUAUGCCAUGUUGAGGUUCGCACCUGGUCAUAAGUUGUCUGAAAACUUCUAUGUUAGACAGGAUGGUACAAGAGCCUUCUAUUUCACCAUUGAGAAGCUAAAAGAAGUUGCAGAGUCAGCAGGUUUUAUUUCCACAUCAUGUGACUAUGUACACAGACAGACUGUUAAUAAAAAAGAAGGUCUUUCAGUUCCAAGGAUAUUUGUUCAAGCAAAAUUUGUAAAACCAAAGUCUUGAGAGUGAUAUAUGACUAUUUAACAACAGUGUAUAAAUUUAUGACAUGAAGUAAAAUAUUGGAUGGUUUCUAAACUGUGAAGAUGUUUAUAAGAGUGGUUAUUAAAAGAAGAGGAAGUAGAUUGUAGUAUGAUGUUAUUGGUCUACAAUUGAUCAAAUCUAUUGUCAUCAGCUAAUAACACAGCCUACAACAGUAACAUUUCAUAAAAACACGACAGGGGUUCCAUUGCUGUGUGGUUUAUAGAAUCAGUUAUGCCUUGCUGCAUCGUGAGGUUCUGUUCCCAGUAGUGAAAAUUACUGUAAGGUUGGUGUGUAUAACAUGAGACUUUGAUAAAAUGAUAUCUGAAAUGUUUUACAGAGAAGUGCCUGCAUCAUGAGUUCUGUUGUUUACCAGCUUAACUUAACCCUUAAAGUGCUGGAACCGAAAACGUUAAGCCUUUGCCACCAGUAUAGAGCUAGGACAGUCUGCACAUCUAUGCAAUCUGACCAGGCUCUAUACUGUUGGCUGACAAACAUUAAAUAUUCAAAUUUAUAUAUCCCUAAAAUUGAUAAUGGACAGUCCCAAAAAUGGAAGUGGGACAAGUCCAUUUAAAAUAUUCAGCAGGUUCAGGGCUAAAAUUUGCCUGAUGACCAUGAUAAUGUGACUAAGAAUUAGAACUAUUGGAAGUUACACUGUGUUUGUUGUAUGAUAUUAAUAUCUCAAUGUAUAA